AAACAGUUUGAGAAAGAUUACGGUCUUCUUAAAUCCCAAUACGAUUCUCUUUGCCUUAACUUUGAUUCUCUCGGCCGUGACAAUGAAUCUCUCCUCCAAGAGAUUAGUAAACUAAAGACGAAGCUUAACGGAGGAAAAGAAGAAGAAGAAGAAGAAGAAGAGAACAACGCGGCGGCGGCGACAACAGAGAGUGAUGUUUCCGUGAAGGAGGAAGAAGUUUCGUUACCGGAGAAGAUCACAGAACCGCCGUCGUCUCCUCCGCAGUUUCUAGAACAUUCCGAUGGUCUCAAUUACCGAAGUUUCACGGAUCUACGUGACCUUCUUCCACUAAAGGGGGCGGCGGCUUCUUCGUUCGCAGCAGCUGGAUCUUCAGACAGCAGCGACUCAAGCGCUCUUCUGAACGAGGAAAGUAGCUCUAACGUUACGGUGGCGGCUCCAGUGACGGCUCCCGCUGGUAAUUUCUUUGUGAAAAUGGAGCAGACAGAUGAUCAUGGUGACUUUCUGAGUGGUGAAGAAGCUUGCGAGUUUUUCUCCGAUGAACAACCGCCGUCUCUACAGUGGUUUACAACUGAGGGAAAGGCUUUGAGCUUUGUUAAUCAGAUUUUUGUCCUUCAGAGGCAAAAACAUUCUGGUUUGAUGUGUAGUGGAAACCUUUCUUGGAUUAGUUUAAAGCUUUUAGAAUGUGUAUGUUUGGUGAGAGGUUUUUUAGUAUAAGAUAACAAACUAUGUGUUGAUGCUUUUGGUUGCAGCUUUCAUAUAGAUCAUGCAGCAUCGCUACCUUAUUUUCUGGAGAAGACGACAUUCAAUGGGCGGGUUUUCAUGACACAUGCAACAAAGGCCAUCAACAAGCUGUUGCUUACAGAUUAUGUAAAAGUGAGCAAAGUGUCAGUGGAAGAUAUGUUGUUCGAUGAACAAGAAAUCAACAAGUCCAUGGACAAAAUUGAGGUAAUUGAUUUCCAUCAAACGGUUGAAGUAAAUGGCAUAAAGUUUUGGUGUUACACGGCAGGCCAUGUUUUGGGUGCAGCCAUGUUUAUGGUAGAUAUAGCUGGUGUCCGAAUCCUCUACACUGGCGUAAGGACCCAAGAGAUAUCAUCACGUUUACACUCUUUAAAGAUAGUUCAUGACUAUGCUCAGUUAGAGAUGAUUUGUACUUGGGUAUGUAAAACAUUGAUUUGUCUAUUUUCAAAAUUAUGGCUGAUUUAUGGUUAAGUUACGGCUGAGUUAUAUACU